GUUAAGUUCUAGUCACCUUUGUUUAUACUUGCAAACGAUCUCUUAUUGAAAUAUCUGACUGUGCCACAGCAUAAUGUACAGUAAAUUUCAGUCAUGAAUUUACCGGAAAGAAGAAAAUCAAGUGCAACUUCCACAAUUGGAAAAGUAGCAGCUCACAUCCCUGAUCUCAUUGUGUAUGGUGAUUUCUCCCAGGAUGUGCCCUUCAUCGAGAAUUUUGAUGGAGUACUGCUGUUUGCAGACAUAUCAGGUUUCACUGCCCUGACAGAGAAAUUUAGCAUGGAUACCAGCAUGGAACAUGGUGCUGACCAGCUAACACAGACUCUCAAUCAUUAUGUAGGUGACAUUGUGGAGGAAGUGCUGAUACAUGGAGGGGAUAUCUUGAACUUCGCAGGGGAUGCAUUGCUGGCACUGUGGAGGGUGGAACGAGUCCAUCUGAGUCAUAUCAUCACGUUGGCACUGCAGUGUAGUCUGAGUAUCCAGGAGGCGUAUGGGGUUCGUGAGACAGAAGUGGGCCAGGAGCUCCGAGUGAAGAUAGGACUCUCUGCAGGUCAUAUCUCCAAAGUUGUUGUUGGAGACAACAAGCACCAGUAUUUUCUGGUAAUUGGCCGGGCAGUGGAUGAAGUUCGUUUGGCUCAAAGCCUAGCGAAUGCGAGUGAAGUUAUUCUAUCGCCAAAUUGCUGGGAGCUCUGUGACCGGAACAUGAUUGAAACUGAAAGAAUUAAAGGUCAAAGAGCUGUUAAGGUUAGAUACUUAAAGAACAUUUUUCCACUGGAUUCGCUUGCCUUUAAGGAAUAUACACGUUACCUACGGCACUAUCCUGAUGCUAGGAAUUUAGGAGUCCUUAGAAAAGUCUCUAUGGUGGAUGGUAACAAUGAACUGGAAAAAUGCCUACGGAAAUACGUGAUGAGGAACAUUCUGAAGAAGAUUGAUGAUAAUCAGCCGCUGGAAUAUUUAUCUGAGCUUCGACCGGUCACAAUUGUCUUUGUAAACCUUCAAUUUGAUGAAAGCGCCAGCACACUGCAUCUAAGCAAGGCCAUCCAGGAUGCCAGUUUACGUAUUGCAGAGCUCAUACACUCCCACAGAGGCAAAAUCAAUAAAGUCUUCAUGUUUGACAAAGGUUGCACAUUCCUGUGUGUGUUUGGACUUCCUGGAGACAAGCAGCCAGAUGAGACCACCCAUGCCUUGGACAGCGCAUUUAAAAUUUUCAAGUACUGUUCUGCAAUGCUUAUGAAAAUAAAGCUAGUUUCCAUCGGGGUUACCAGUGGGCCCGUGUUCUGUGGCGUGGUUGGCCAUCGUGUCAGACAUGAAUACACAGUAAUUGGCCAGAAGGUGAAUCUUGCUGCCCGGAUGAUGAUGUAUUAUCCGGGGGUAGUAUCCUGUGAUGCAACUACCUAUACCAGCUCCCGGCUGCCCAAUUACUUCUUCAAGGAGCUCCCUCAGACAGAGAUGAAAGGAGUUGCAAAUCCUGGUGUGGUCUACCAUUAUCUUGGCAUCAGUGAGAAGACUUGCAGAAAAGAAAGAAAAACAAAAACUUUUAUGGAAGUGAAGUGGGGAACAUGGAUUCACAGAGAAGGCACCUGCCAGCAUCUCAGCCAUGUUGAUUCUGACCAUGAAUAUUUUAUCUCUUUAACUGAUUCUUUCCUUUCUCUUUCUUGUUGCAGGACAAUUGGGAAAGCAACUCUCACCACGGAGCGCUCUGAGUAUUAUCCCUUGUUGGGCCGGGAAAAAGAGAUUAAUCUCUUUCAGACUUCAUUGAAAAAGUUCAUGGGUUCUACAGAAGGCUGUGUUAUAAUGUUUGAGGGUCUUAUGGGCUAUGGAAAGAGUCAGCUGCUUACUGAAAUUGCCCAUUUAGGCAUGGAAGCUGGACAUAAAGUUGUUGCUAUGGAACUGACGAAGAUAAACGUGAAUCAGAACUUCUUUGGCAUCCGGGCACUCAUGGCCAUGUUCUUGGGGAUUGAUGCCUGUAAAUCUUAUGAUGCAAGACAGCACACCCUCCAAAGCAAACUCCGAGAUGUGGCAGAUGAGACCUGCUAUUGCCUCCUGAAUAACCUCUUUCUUGUUAAGUUUCCCAUCUCCGAGGAGGUUUCUAAAAUGGACAGUGAAGAAAGAAAAAUAAAAAUGGAAAAAUUUCUUAUGGAAAUACUACAGACAGUGAUAAAGAAAGACCUUCUCAUUUUUGUCAUUGACGAAGCCCAGUUCAUUGACUCUGCCUCCUGGGAAUAUUUGGAAAACUUGCUCUCCAAGGUCCCAAUCUUUAUGAUCAUGGCAUUAUCACCUUUCCACUACAGAGCACGGCAGCCUUGCCCCUCUGCAGUAAACAUCAUAAAGAGCCCCCAAACCACUUAUGUUCAGCUGAGGGAGCUGAAACCUUCUGUGAUCCUGCAGAAAGCUUGCCAGGAUCUUGGAGUAGUUAGUAUCCCUAGGGAACUAGAAACGUUCUUGAUACAAAGGAGCCAUGGAAUCCCAUAUUAUUGUGAAGAGCUGCUACGGAACCUCUAUUUACACAAUGCCCUCAUGUUCCAUGUGCUGGAUGAAGAGGAAGAAAUAGAAGAUGAGUGGGAGAGACUUUUUACCAAUCCAGUCAAAGGCAUGACCUUCAAAACAUCAUCAUCCAUCAGUUUAGAGAGCGCAGAGAAAGAGUUAUACAUUUGUACCAUCUGUCAGAAUGUGAAGUUGCAGAAUAUAACACUUCCCCCUUCAUUAAAAGGAAUUGCACUGGCUGAGAUAGACAACAUGAGUCCUUCGGAGCAGAUGGUUGUGAAGUGUGCAGCAGUCAUUGGGCAAAAUUUCACUACGGAGCUGCUGUUCCAUAUCCUCCCAGAAUGGACUAAGAAUAAGAUGAUCCAGACCCUGGCAGCCUUGGUUGAGGCCAACAUCUUCAAGUGUUUCCAUCAAGGAAGGGAAUUCCAGAUUGCAGUGGAACAUGGUUUAUCCUCAUUAGAUAUUUAUGAUCCUGUAAGGAAAAUGAAUUUAACAGGGAAAGAAACAGGUGUCCAAAUGUCUGUGGCUAACAGAAUCAGACUGGAGCAGGCAGUGAUGCAGUGCUGCGGCAUGGGGUUCUGCAUGGCCUUGAUGCAGGAAGCAGCCUACGAGCUCUGGCUGAAGAGCCAGAAAGAAGCAUUACAUCACAAAUGUGGUGCUUACCUACAGAAGCAGGCCCACAAAUGCAAGCGUUGUGGCGAAGGGGACUUCAUUUCAUUCCACCGCUAUGCAAUUGAGAUGACGCUAGAGAUACCAGAUGACCAGGAACUUGUUUUUGAGGAACCUGAGGAAUAUCCAUUCAGUGAAGCAGCCUCAUUGGUCACUGCCAUAGCUCUGGGAAAAAUCGAGUCUCCUUCAUUUGAAGGUAUAGACCGAAAAGUUGUGCCCGCUGAGAUGUGUUCAGAAGAAAAUAACACAGAGUUAAAUGAAGAAAUCCCUGAAUCACGAAAUAAGCUCAAUACUAUCUUUUCUGGAGUGCAGUCGUAUUUAGACACCGCAGCUGUGGUUAUGCGUACCAUCUCUAGACAUUCGCCUUCUAGAAUUUUCAGGCCUCUCGAUGAAGAUAUCCAUAUGCCUAUUUUUUCCAGGAGACAUGGGUCAGUUGCACAAAAUGCUACAGAAGAUCACCAUAUUUCUGCUUUCUCCAGGGGAUUGGGGUCAAUUAUUCCACACAUUGCAGAAGACAUUGGAAGGUUAUUAAAGAAAGAUGGUACUUUGCUAGAAGAAAAUCUCAGAGCUGAAGCUGCACAAAAGGAGUUUUUGGAUAGGAUGGAUGAGAUCAUUCGUCUUUUUGGCCAGGGUAGAGGGAAGAUCACAUACAUGGCAUCAUGUGAAUGUGAACAGAUUGUGGCAUCCGUGUUUAUGCCCCUUGCCCGGCACUGCAUGGCAAUAGGAGAUGAGGACAGAGCCUUGUAUUACUUGUUGGAAUGUGCAGCUGCAUACUUACGCCUUUCAAACAAUUAUAUGGCCUUUAUGAAUCUGAAUAUAGCCGAGAGCCUGAUCAAGUCACUGGAUCCUAGAAGGAAUGUAAUUAGCCCAUUUGAGGAAGCCACUUUCUACAGCCUUAAGGGUGAGGUGUGCUAUAAUAUGGGCCAAAUGAAACUGGCAAAGAAAAUGUUCAAGAAGGCUUUGAGUUUACUUGGCAGGAAGUUCCCACUUACUUCAAUUGGAGUCUUUUUUAAGACCGUGACAGAAAUGUCGAAGCAUGCAUCUCAACAGAAGAACCAGCCUUGUCCGCAUCCUAGCAAAACUGGGGAGAAGAAACUAGCUUGUCUGUAUCAGCAGAACCACUGCCUUUCCUUAUUGUGGCAGAUCUUCAGCCAGGACUCUGCUAACACCAGCAGGAAGUUUUCUCAGCUAGCAGCACUCAUGAGUGUGAACUCAGCAGAGGAAUCGGAGGACGAGCACCAGAUCAUUUCAUCUUACAUAGAAUAUGCACUUUGCUGCCAGACAAUUGGUUGCCAAGAUGACUGGAUGAAAUAUGAGUUGAUGGCCAUCCAACGUAGCUCUCACCUAAAGCUGGUUGGAGGAGGGCUAUUAACCACCAUUAAAUUAGCACAGUCUUUGGCCUAUAUAAAGCACUGUUUAGGUAACCUGCCACUUUCAAUUGAAUUAGGCUAUCGAGCCCAUGAAAUCUGUUUGCAUCUGAAGAAACCCAACCAGGACUAUAUGAUUCUUAGCGUACUUUUCCAAUCCCUCUUUCUGAGCAUGAGGAACCAGGAAUGUAAGCAAGUGCUGCAGUGGCUUGAGAAGUUGGCCAUUCGAGAGGAGAAGAUCCUUGCACAGGCUUGUCUUUUUUCGAGCUGUCUAGAUCUUUUGCUUUAUGCUGGGUGGACAUAUAAGCCAUUUAAAGAGUGCCUGGAAUUUGUACAGCAAAAUGAAACAAACUGUAUCCUUAUGUCUCAGAGUGGCAUAAUGCUUGGACUCUACUCAUCCUUGGCCAUUUGGUUUGCCAGACUUCAGCAGUGGGACAACUUCCGAGAGCCUUUUGAAAAGGCCAGACGGUUAAUGAGGAGAACUAGUGCCUCGCUCUUUGCUGCUUAUGGAUGUUGCAGUUUCUUGGAGUGUCACAUCCUUCGACUACAUAAUCAUGCUGAGAUUAAACCUCAAAAGGUCCGAGAGACACGUACCAGGGUGCUAAAGACCUUGGAAGAAGUGUUCUCUCGAUGCUCUACAAGCCCUAUCUAUUAUGCUAGGAUUUACCACCUGAAAGCCUAUGUUUUUCUGAUGUUGGGUCAUGAAGAGCAGAGUCAGUUCUACCUGGAGAAGGGGCUGGAAGUCAGUGACAUGUAUGGUAACUUUUUGGAGAGGUCCUGGCUGGAGAUAAGCGAUGAGUGGUGGUUCACUGCAAGAGAGCCAAUGGAAGACUUAUGGCUGAAGACAGCUCCGGACUUUCCCACAUGGGAAGGAGACCUGUCAGAAGCAGAAAUUAGAAAGUUCCAUAGAACCAAAUACCUCAUGAGGGCACCUGCUCUGGACGUAGACAAUCCUUUCCCAGAAGAAAAGUAACAUGAAAUGGCCUCUUCAAAUAGCCUACACUGCUCAGACCAGUAAGCACAUACACUAUUUCUCUACCACUCAUGGAAAUGCAUGUUCUCUGCAAAGUCCUGUUUUUGCCCUUCUCUUCCUUUGGCAAAUUUAGGCAGUAUGGUCUAGCUGUUGUGUUCUUAGAGCAUUUAUCAGCACUGUUUAAUAAACUCAGCAGGAUCUCAGUCUUUUAUAGUAAUUUAUUUGUGGAACAGAGUCUAGGGGCAUAGCCAGUAAGUCUAAAUCAUUUUCAAAUAGAAAUUAAAAAUAAUGUUAUAUAUCUUCUAAUUUUAGUUCACUUAGGACCAGUGUUCAGAUUCUCUAAAUAGCUAAUGCAAAUGCCCACCCAACACAAAACUUUAGGAUAUCUCCAGGAUAUCCCCAGAUGGCGCUGUUUGUGUAAUUGUAACUUAAUAAAAUAGAUGUAAUUUCUUAUACAUCCUCCUUUGGACGGAGCGCUAGCCUGUCUGUGAAGUUUCUAAUUCAGCUGCCUUCAGCUUUGCUUUGGGGAGGUAGUUGUGCUGAGUAGCUCUUUGAUGUGUUG